AUGAACACUACCACAGCCAAUCAGUCAGACUGCCCUGAGGUGAAAGUCCCUUUCCCUCUCUUCUUCACCAUCGGUGCGGUGAGCCUGGCCGAGAACUUGCUGGUUGUGGUGGCUGUUUUAUGGAACAGGAACCUCCACUCGCCCAUGUACUGCUUCAUCUGCAGCCUGGCGGCUUUUAACACCAUUGCCAGUCUCACCAAGACCUGGGAGAACCUAAUGAUUGUGUUUGCCAGCGUGGGACAUCUAAAGAAGACAGGCUCUUCUGAGUUGAACCUGGACGAUGUGAUGGACUCCCUGCUGUGUAUGUCGUUUGUGGGCUCCAUUUUCAGUUUCCUGGCUAUUGCUGUGGACCGUUACAUCACCAUCUUCCAUGCGCUUCGAUACCACAACAUCAUGACAAUGAGGCGCACAAAGGCCAUCUUGGGUGUCAUCUGGUUAAUAUGUGGGUUGUCAGCAGUACUCAUGGUGAAGUUUUUUGACUCCGACUUCAUCAAGAUCUGCUUUGUUGUCUUCUUUGUCGUCUCCGUGGCAAUUAUCUGUUUCCUUUAUGUCUAUAUGUUCAUGCUGGCACGCAUUCACGCCAGGAAGAUUGCUGCUCUGCCUGCCAGUGGCGUACCAAAGUGUCGCCGUCAGCGAUGGUGGGGCAGAAGCAGGAGAGGGGCGCUGACUGUCACCAUCCUGUUUGGGGUGUUUGUGGUGUGUUGGGCACCGUUUUUCCUCCACCUCAUCAUCAUCACAGUGUGCCCUGAGAACCCUUACUGUGAGUGUUACCGAUCGCUGUUCCAGCUGCACGUGGUACUGCUGAUGAGCCACGCUCUCGUCGACCCGGCAAUCUACGCCUUCCGGAGCGCUGAGCUCAGACACACCUUCAGAAAGAUGAAGCUUUGGAGGCGCUGCUCAUAG